UCUGGUCAUUUCUUUCCCUCCAGCUUGCGUUUUUCUCAACCCAGUCGGAAGCCAUUGAAAGCAUGGCAAGUGAACAAUUGAGUGGUAGGUGGUCUCUUAAUGGAAUGACUGCCCUUGUUACUGGUGGCACCAGAGGCAUUGGGCAUUCCAUAGUGGAAGAGUUAGCAGGAUUUGGAGCCACAGUAUACACAUGUUCAAGAAACCAAAAGGAACUUAAUGAAAGGCUGCAAGAAUGGGGAGCACAGGGUUUCAAAGUCUAUGGUUCAACUUGCGAUAAGGCUUCAAGAACAGAAAGAGAGGAACUAAUAAAGAAUGUCUCUUCCACCUUCGACGGCAAGUUGAACUUACUGGUAAGUACAAAUUCUGAUCCAUAAAAAUGGUUGGUCCAUCUAUUUCUUGACUUGUUAAAGAAUCAUAAACAUCAUUUCUGUUUAGAAUUUUAGUAUUUGCAUCCAAAGUAAUUCUUAGGGGAAAUAUUUCGGAUAUCUUGGUUUGAAUUAAUUUCCCAAAUGCGGACUGCAGUGCAGAUAUUUUGUAGGAUGU